CAAUUGAGUGGUAAUUAAUUUAGUCGUUAGGGUUUGUUUAGUGCAAUUGCUUCAUACAAAAUACCAUAUUUCAAUUCAAAUAUAUUAAUUAUAUCGCUGUGCAAUCUAGUUAAUAUAGUUAAUAUCUAUUUUGAGAGCAUAUGACUUGUGCCAGUACAAUCUGCCCUAGGUAACUCAUGAAUUAUGGUUAUUUAAAGCUCACCAGACAAUCAUAAAUGUUGGUGUUUUUUAUGACUUUAUAACGCAAUACAUAUUAUAUACUGUGAAACACAAAUUGGCAAACAUUUAUAUUUGUCUGAAUUGUCGCUAGUAUUUACAUUAAAGUGCCCAACAUUUCAAGUGAUUUCAUUAAAUUCCACCAUAUUCAAACAUCCAGUGAAUUAAUCAACAAGCUAAAUCUAUGGGAACGGGAUCUAAACGGCCAAUAAAGCUGUGCCUUAUCUGCGGUGACAAAGCAUUUGCCUUCAAUUUUGGUGUCAUAUCGUGUCAGUCAUGUAAAGCAUUCUUCAGGAGGAAUGCACUCAAGAAUAAAGGUUUUGAAUGCGCUUUCGAUAACAACUGUCGGAUCGACAAAAAUACGCGAAAGUUUUGUCAAAAAUGUCGUUUAGAUAAGUGUUUCACUAUUGGCAUGAAAAAGGAAUGGAUCUUAAAUGAGGAACAGUUGGGUGUGAUUAAGGCCAAGAUAUUGUACAAUAAGAUCAAAAAAUCCAAACAAAAUCAGCGCAAGAAGUCGUUGGUCGAGAAGACCAGCACUAGUAGUAGUAGUGGUGGCGAAGAGUCUGAGAGUCAGUCACCAGCAGCUGAUCCGUCAACGGCUGCCGCCAGUGAUCUCUCACUCGUCGCCACAAAGCAGUCAUUAGUGGAGAUAACAGCCGACCUGAAGACAACUGACCGCUAUUUGCCGGACAACCACUACUAUCACACAUACAGCGCGGAUCAGUUGCUGGACUUUCACGAGUACGUGGUCACUAUGACCAGACACGUGACCGAAUACACAUCGGGCCUAAACGACGCCGAAUGUACCAAGCUCGUCGAGCUAUUUAACGCCAUCAAUUUCAUCCGGGAACCAACUGUGCCCAAUCAGCCACAGAUAACUGACACGGUUAAUUUGAAAGUGGCCAUGGUCAGAAAGCUGGACACCGAGAUCAGGCGCAUAGUGACGGUGGCCCAGAAUGUGACCGAGUUUGGCUGCCUGUGCGACAACGAUCGCAUAGCCCUGAUUAAGUAUGGCGUGAUCGAGAUCAUUUGUAUGCGCCUGAUACAGUUUUAUAAUUUCGGCGCUCGCCAUUGGACCAUAUUUAUGGAGCAAAACAAAUGGAUUCUCUCGAAGUUGGAUCAAUUGAGAUCUCGACAACUAAAGCAGGGAUUCAGCGCUGGUUUUGCCAAAAUUGGCGACGAAUGGGACUCCGAUCCGAUUAUUCUGGAUUUGCGAACGGUCUAUUGUGAAUAUACGUUUGAUAUUGUAUUUUACACACGUAUAUCACUGUUCAAUACGGAUCUUAAGUGCGGCAAAACCACUCUUUAUAUUCUUCAGGAGCAGAACAAAUGGAUUCUCUCAAAAUUGGAUCAAUUGAGAUCUCGACAACUAAAGCAGGGAUUCAGCGCUGGUUUUGCUAAAAUUGGUGACGAAUGGGACUCCGAUCCCAUUAUUCUGGAUUUGAUUCUCGAUGUUAAACUCCCCGAUGGCAACACUACCGACAGUGGUUAUAAUACUAACAAUGGCUACUCUACUGACACCGGCAACUCUACCGACACCGGCAACUCAACCAACACCGGCCACUCAACCAACACCGGCAACUCAACCAACACCGGCCACUCAACCAACACCGGCAACUCAACCAACACCGGCCACUCAACCAACACCGGCCACUCAACCAACACCGGCCACUCAACCAACACCGGCAACUCGAGCAACACCGGCAACUCGAGCAACACCGGCAACUUUAUCGCUGCCGACUAA